AUGAACGGACCCAUCUCUUCUCGUUCUGACCACUCCUCAAAGCGAGAUCAACUCGCUCAUCAAGCGUUAAUGAAUGGACAAUCUUUUAAGAGAGAAGUUGCUCCCUCUUCAGCUAUUAUUAAUGCAUCUCCUAGACUUGUCGUUGACCCUUCAUUUUUAUCAUCUUCCAGUAUCCAUACCACUCACCAUCAAAUUGUACCAAAAUUAAUCUCGGGAGGAUGUUCCAUUAAGGACGAUUCCAGCCUUUUUCCCAAUACAAAACAUUCUCUGCAAGUACCGGAACGAAAAGAUAACUAUUCUCCAUUGAGAACUCCAAGUUUCUCGAGCACCAACUCAGAAACGAGCAUUCUCAUACAUGAUAGCAGCGUUCAACAUCAUGAGUAUAGAUUUGAGGAUGGUGUCCUCCCUGAUCAAAAUUCAAUUUCACAUCCAAGCUGGCCUGUUUAUUUUUAUUCAGACAAGGGAGAGAUCUUUAUGAGAGUGUUAUGUAUUAAAGUAUCGUCCAAAGAGAUUAUUGUUAUAGAUCCUUUUGCAAAAAAGACAAUGCUUCAGGGUUUGUUCUCAAAUGUUGCAAAAAUAUCAUAUGACAAUAGCGAAGUUGAAGACACGCAUUUGAAGUUAUUCCGCGUUCAGUUUAAGAAACGAGAUGCCAUGAUAUUUCUAAGCAAAGACAGAAACGAAAUAAUUAAUUGUUUAUUGUUCUACCUUAGAGAAUUUAGAGAAACAGAAUUGUUAGAAAUCAUCAAUACAGGAAAAAAUCAACUACAACAAAAUGCUUUUACACCAGAUUUGACAGUUGGACUUCAUGAAUUUCAAGUUUUUGGAAUUGAUAAACGAGGGAGAUAUUUUCCUCAUAUUUUAGGAUUAUACUCCAAUCAUAUUCGCCACAUUGAUUCAGAGACACGAGAUCCAUUUUCAAUUCAUUCUUACAUGGACAUUGUUGAGAAUGACAUUUUCGUUGAUCCAGAGGUCCCCACAAAACUCACCAUCAAUUAUAGAGACGACAAUCCGUACACAUUUCUGGUGUCUGAUAGAGAUAGAAGUGAUGUAUUGGUGCUGUUGCAAGGAAGAUCUUUCAUAUAUAGAUCAUGUAUUUCUUCAGAUAAUUAUUUUGCGGAAAACGCAGAAUCUGCAGAAAAUGCCUUGAUUGACAAGGUGGAGAGCAGUAGUCCAUGUGAUUUUCCUCAAAAGAUUUUUCAACAUAUUCCAAUCACAUCAUCUACCAAUAUCAUGACGAGUGACCCAGUGAUAGAUCAAUCUGGUAUUCUAUUGCACGCAAUUUCCCAUCCUAAAGACCCUUACUCUUUGACUGACUACCAAAGAGAGCAUGUUGAUCAAAUCCACAAGGGUAUGAGAGUGUACAUGCACGUCCCAAAAAAAAUAGCAUUUAGAGGCAAGAAAACGUCCACUCAACCAAGGAUUGUCAAAAUACGUAUGGAUGCUUUCUCUGGCGAAGUGAUUAUUGAAUGGGGAAAGACGAACACUAAAUUAAAGCAUAAAGGAGCGAUUGAAGCCAUUGAAACAGGUCAUACAGCAAUCAUAGAGACAUCUAAAAUCAGUCAGUUGCAGCUCAGUAACUUUUCAUUUGCUCUUAAGGUUCAAAGCAAGGAAAAAUCUGCUACCGUAAACGGAAAAUUAUUUCUUGUAGCCUCUAGUUCAUCAGAGUAUCAACAUUUUGUGCAAGGCAUUGAUUUACUUCUUGGCAUGCGCAAAUGUUUUGACCCAAAACAUUUAAUAUAA